UGUACAUAUUAAAAAUGUGUGACUACCGCGCUUUGUGGUCUGAUGUCGUGCUUAUAUUUCCAAUUUUAGAUGGAAAAAUUGAGUAUCCCGUGAAGAAUGUUGAUGAAAAAGCAUAUGAAAAUGUUUACCGGCAUCUUUCAUAUGUGGGAAAUAUUGACAGAUUGACUGCAAUUAUUGAAUUGGAAACGGAAUCAAUUGCACGAAAUAUUCUUGCACCGAAAUUUUGGAAACACUUUUGCCUUACAAGCGGGGAAUCAUCGUCACCUCAGCAUAAAAGUUUAAGUGAUUCAUAUGCAAUUGGAGCGCUAAAGGAUACAAAUGCACUGUUUUCUCAUUUUGUUGAAGCAAUUGAAGAACUAUACAAUGGAUUUCAAUGCUUGCAGGAGAUGAAAUCUCGGUUAAUGCAACUCAGCAAAAAUCCACUUUUAUCGGCAAAGUUGAAAAGUAUUCAAACGACAUUGCACAUAGCAAUGUUGGCACAAUUACCGCCAACAUUUAAUAGUAUCGUUUCUGAUUUUUAUUGCUUACAUUUUCGGCUUUUUACUAAAGACUCGUAUCAAGCAUCCACUACAAUAGAUUCUGAAGUCUUUACUGAUCUGCCUUGUGUGGGCUGUAAUUGCGACGUCGAGCAAUGUUGUUGCGUAAAACUAUCUGAAAUGGUUAAGUCGUCAAAUUUCAAAUUAUUUGAAUUGGGCUUAAUAGACCGUUUAGCAGGCAGUGCACUGACUGCUCUAAUAAAAUUAAAAAUCAAGGAGCAUAUCACCGAUACCUGUCUUGGAAUAUUUGAUAGAAGUCAUCUCAAACAACUAGAAUCGUGGAUCAACGAUACUGUAAUGACCUGGCUAACCAGCAUAUUUACUGCACCUAAAUCCAAGAAAGACAUUUUGCCCGAGAAAAUUCCAGAUUCUGUUCAAGCAUUCAAAGUUAAACUUACAUAUUUUAUGUACGAAACCUUUGCACAGAAUGUAAUAAGUCAAUUUUUCAGCAUAAUAAUAGAUUAUCCAGAUUCUACGCUAGCCAUAGAUGAUUUAAGAAUUUGCAUGGAGAAAAUUGACAUGCGAGUUUAUCUGACAGAGUCUUUAAGGAGUUCAUUGGAGGCUAGAAUUCUGCAUCCCGGUGUAAAUACAAUGGAUAUUUUAACUGGUUAUGUGGCAGCAAUUAAAGCCAUACGCCAUUUGGACAGCACAGGUGUGAUUUUGGAAAUAGUAACUGCACCUAUUAAGGACUAUUUGCGCAAACGUAAUGAUACCGUUAGACGCGUUGUUACGGCCCUUACGGAGGAGGGACCAACAGAUCUCUCGGAAGAGCUAGCGAAGGGGGAAUUUGUUAAGGAAGGUAAAGAAGCUGGUCUGGAUGAGUUUAGUAAUUGGGAGAACUGGGAACCGGAUCCCUUUGGGAUUGAUCCAAACAUUUUGCAUAUAAACAGUUCAAAAAUAAUACGUUCGGCGGAUAUUAUUUCAAUGGUGGUUGACAUAUAUGGCAGCAAGGAGCUAUUCAUGGUUGAAUAUCGCAACUUGAUGGCUGAUAGGUUGCUCUCCCAACUGGAUUUUAAUUCAGAAAAAGAAAUUCGAAAUCUGGAAUUGCUAAAAAUAAGAUUUGGAGAAUCAUUGCUACACAGCUGUGAAGUAAUGUUAAAGGAUGUAACAGAUUCAAAACGUAUUAACACUCAUAUACAUGGCGACGGUAAUUGCAAUGAAAGUCCUUUAUUUGAUAUUUCUGCUCUCAUAAUCUCUGCUCAGUUUUGGCCUUCGUUCAACAAAGAAAGCUUACAGUUACCCGAGGAGAUGGAAAAUGAAUUUAAAAAAUUUACUAGUGCUUAUGAGUCCUAUAAGGGGAAUCGUACACUCAAUUGGCGGACAGUAACCGGACGUGUGCAGAUUAUUAUUGAAAUUGGCGAAAGAGUUAUGGAAAUGACAGUUCCGCCCACACAAGCUGUUAUAAUAUAUCAUUUUCAAAAAAAGAAUGUAUGGACUCUGGAAGAGCUUAGCACACUGACCAAAGUUCCACAGUCCGCUUUAAGAAGAAGAAUAAGUUUUUGGCAAAACCACGGCUUGAUUUCUGAAACUGAGCCUGGCGUAUACAGUUUGUUAGAAAAGGAAUCUGAAAAAACACAAUUUGAGGAUAUGAAUAUAACAGACGCCGAUGAAGAAGAUUUGGAAUCCGCAAUGGCUUCAGCAAGUGAUCAAAGAGAGGAAGAACUUCAAGUAUUUUGGUCAUAUAUUGUUGGAAUGCUAACCAAUCUAGAUUCAAUGCCAAUCGAUCGUAUUCAUCAGAUGCUUAAACUCUUUGCAUCGCAUAGUGGUGGCGUUGAAUUUACUCAAGAUGAGUUAAAACAUUUCUUACAGCGCAAGGUUCGUGAGCACAAGCUUUUAUUUUCUGGUGGAGUUUAUCAGUUGGCUAAAUAAAUGCACCCAAAAAGCAAAGUAUGUGUCAUAUAAAUUAACAUGAAUUACAGGUACAAAUACACAAUCAAAUAAAUUAUGUAUAUUAAU